AAAGACACUGCCAUCAUGACUGCUCUCUCGGGGGCCCAUGGGGGUAUCUGGCUGCCCCUCCACCCCCCCGCUGGGAGGAGGUGGAGGUCUCCAUCCUGCACUGAUUUCCUCCCCCCCCCCGCCCCAUGCCAGGUGAGCCAGUGGUACGAGCUGGUGGUGUUCACGGCCAGCAUGGAGAUCUACGGCUCCGCGGUGGCCGACAAGCUGGACAACAACAGGAGUAUCCUCAAGAGAAGGUAUUACCGGCAGCACUGCACUUUGGAGCUGGGCAGCUAUAUCAAGGACCUGUCGGUGGUGCACAGUGACCUGUCGAGUGUCGUCAUCCUGGACAACUCGCCGGGCGCCUACCGGAGCCAUCCAGACAACGCCAUCCCCAUCAAGUCGUGGUUCAGCGACCCCAGCGACACGGCCCUGCUCAACCUGCUGCCCAUGCUGGACGCCCUGAGGUUCACAGCGGACGUGCGGUCGGUGCUGAGCCGGAACCUCCAUCAGCACCGCCUCUGGUGACGUCAGCACCUCCUUUCUUCAGGCGUUGGCCCCUGACCUCCGCCGGAUCCCACCGCUGCCACCAUCACCACCACGUGGACUCUGCCACCGAUUCCUGAACUCUGGAGAAGAGUGGAGGGGGGGGUCACCCCCCCCCAAUUCCCCACCAACCUACUCCCCCCCACACCCGGCCCUGUGCCAAGAAUGGGCGGGGACUGACUCGGAGGGCGGGGCUUAUCCGGCAGCGGGACAAAGAAAGGGGGUGUGCAGCUUCACGGCGCGCGAAUGGACGUGUCCGAUCAGGCCGGGGGGGGGUGGUCUGGUUUUACAAGACUCUGCCCCCCCCCCUCCUCCGGCCUUGUACAAAGACCUCGUUUUUUCUUUUCGUUUCCUUUUUCGUUCUGUUCUUCCCUCCACUUCUCCCCGGGUUGGAGCCGCUGGAUUUUUUUUUUUUUUGCCCGGGGGAGGUGUUGGGUCUCGGAUCUGUGCCCAAGGGACGACCCUUCUCUGUUGGGUUCUUUCCUCGGACUCGGGAGGAGAAGGAAAACCCGGGUGGGAAAUUAUAGCCGCUAAGCAAGGCCAGAACC